AUGUCAGUCUAUACGAAAGAGCCUUAUCUAAUACAAGAAAAAGGUUGGGGGGAGUUUGACAUGCGUGUUGUCCUAUAUUUUACCAACAAUCUGGCAGAACCUGAAAACAUUUUAUUUGAUCUCCAUUUCCGUGAUCAUACUUAUACCAUUAUGCAUAGAAUUGUAUUCACCAACCCAUCAACAGAGCUACUACGUUUAUUAACCAUAGAAAUACCAGAUUCAUCUUCUACGUCCAAUACGCAUCAUGAUGGGUCCUCUAGCAAAAAACGGCGUGCGAGUCCAUCUUCAUCAACAUCGUAUUCAGGUUCUACAACAGGAGCUGUAGCCAACAAAAAGAUCAAGACACCCCCAGGUGCCUCUUCCCCAGCACUGUAUAACAAUGACGGAGCAACAGCUUUAACGCCUAUUACUUUUAAUUACACUGUUAACAAUAAAUACCCGGCAUCGUUAGCAGCAGCAGCAUCACCGUCAACAACUAGCAAUAGUCAUAUCCAUUUUUUGAACGAGUACAGUAAUGAAUCAGAUGACUUAUAUAGAGGCAUGCAUGGAUAUAGACUAACAAAGAAAACAGCACUGCAGGAUGGGGUUAUUGUAGAUGAGAUAUAUAGUACGGAAGAUCUGGAUAAGGUCAACGCCAUACAUUAUAAAGGAAAAGAAGAGCCGAUUCGGUCAGCAUGGGGAUUACCAGAGGGUGUCGAUAUUCUGGAAUUAGCGAAGCGCCUAAGUAUGAGCUCACCAGAACAGAUAGAGGAGAUAAGAUACAUUGUGACGAACCACAAAAGACACGAUACAUUGUUUGAGGAAAAUGAUGAGGAAUUUAUGCUCGAUCUAUAUUCCUUGGGUCCAGAACUUUUGAAUAUAUUGUGGGACUUUACAGAAAAAAAAACAGAUUCUUCAACUAAAAGCUCUAUGAUCCUUUCACCUUUCUCAAUGGCCCAAGCAACAAGCUCCAGUACAUUAACAGACGAUGAUCAUCAAACUCCUCCGUAA